UAUUGCUCGCCGGGUGGCGUUGACUGAUUGGCAUAAUGAUUGCUAUGCAUUAAUAAGUCUAGAUAGGACUGUGUAGUAAUACGCUGACUACCCCUGCCGCUCUAUGACGCGUGUGCGCAAGCCGCGUACUAUGAAAGGGCGCUCGAAUGUACUGUGAAUCUGUUACAAGCUUUUCCCCAUCAUGAAGAAGUCACUUCUCAACUCUAUGAUCGAGCAAUGGUUGGUGGUGCCCCCAGUGGAAACGACUGAUCUAUCUGGGAAAACGGUUCUCGUCGUUGGUGCCAACGUAGGUAUUGGACUCGAGGCAUCCAAACACUUUGCCCGUAUGCAUCCAGCGCGGUUGAUAUUGGCCUGUCGUAGCGAGAGCAAGGGAAAGGCUGCUUUGGCUGAAAUCGAACAGGAGACUGCAUACAAUGGAUGCGAGCUCUGGAUAAUCGACCUUGCUAAUUUUGCAUCAGUGACCGCUUUCGCUGAUAAAUUCGACAAGGAGGGCGGCGACUUGCACCUCCUAGUCAUGAAUGCAGGUAUCUUGCAGUCCGAUUAUCAACCCACUACUGAUGGCUGGGAGUCUACACUACAAGUCAAUCACCUUGCAACAUCGCUCCUUUCUUUGCUCCUUAUUCCACAACUUGUUGCUGCGGGAAGAAAGUCGUCAACACCUUCACGGAUGGUAAUCGUAUCCAGUGAUGUCCAUCACUGGAUUACACUCGCGGAAGAAGUAAAGUCUUCCACGAAACCACUUGAAACGCUGAACAGCAAAGAAUUGGAGCGUAUGCAAUCCCGGUACUAUGAGUCAAAACUGCUGAAUCUCUUCUUCGUUCGUGCCUUGACGGACCGGUUGCAAUCCAUCACACCACUUAGCGCCGUAGCCGUGACCCCAGGAUUCUGCUAUUCACAACUACGGCGAUCCUGGUACGAGAAACCGGCUUUUUCUUUUGCCAGCAUCAUGCUCGCUAUUCGGGAGCGUCUCCUAGCGUGGACGCCCGAACAAGGCAGCCGCCAGCUUAUAUUUGGGGCGGUAGGCGGACGAGACAAGGAAGCGGACAUGAAAGGCGGGUAUGUAGCCCGUGGUCGCGUCGAGGAGGUCGCCGAUUUCGUGCUUAGCGACGAGGGUCAUAGAAUGCAGGAUGCUUUUUGGAACGAGACUGUAGACAUUCUGACCAGCGUUUCUGACAAGGUUGCACCAAUAGUCCAGGAUUAUCUAGUACCUGGAGCGUCCGCAAACUGAGAUGUAUAUAUACUAUGGGAUCCGUGGGAUCAAACGCUCCGUUCUCACAAUAUGUAGAUGUAUGU